UUUUUUUCCUUGGGUCUUCCUUGCAGUUGCAGUCUCUGCUCGGUUCCUUGUGCAGUAGCAGCAGCAGUAGCCGCGCAUGGCUGCUAAGCUAGUUGGCUGCUGGCGCAAGAUUUGAUUAAAUUACUGGGAAAUCGAAAUCCAAUCCCCCACCCAUCUCCUCUCAUCGAUGAUGCUCCCUCUCUUUUCCUCCCCCACUUGCGGAUGCUUCUUCGGUUUCUUCCACGACUAGCCCAACCCAACGCCCCCAAUGCCCUUCUUCUUCCCCGCACCAAGAUAACCUCCUCUGGAUCCCUCCCAUGGCGGCCUCCCACCACUGACCUCUCCUUUCCCUUGCUGCUGGUUCUUCUUUUUCUUCAGAAUUUGGAUACUAUCCCGCCGAAUUCCGUCGCUGUUCCAGGCACCUUCAACCUGAGAUGAUGAUGCGGGAUUGCUGAUGCCGCCUAUUUUGGAUCGUUUCUCCCUCGGUCAGACUUGAGCGACGCCGCCGCCAUUCGGGACUGUCCGGAUUAAUUAAUCCCCGCUUUUCCACUUGGACGCUAGCGCCUGCAAACCGCAAUGCCGCCAAGAUCGUAGCUUGCAGCUAAUCUCGCUCCCUAAUCAUCACAUGCUCUGCUGGAUGGUGCCUCCGAGAUUCAGAUGCAGCAGGAGAGGCCGCCGCAGUUCCCCCACCGCCGCCAUGAGAGUCCUGCUGCUGCUGCUCCUCGCCGUGGCGCCCGCCGCCGUGGCCGCCACGGGCGACGACGUGGGGUACCCGCAUUGCAACUGCGGCGGCGGCGGCGGGUUCUGGAGCAUGGAGAACAUCUUCAAGUGGCAGAAGGUGAGCGACCUGCUCAUCGCGGCGGCCUACUUCUCCAUCCCGCUCGAGAUCCUCUACUUCGUCGCCGGCCUCCGCCACCUGCUCCCGUUCCGGUGGGUGCUCGUCCAGUUCGGCGCCUUCAUCGUGCUCUGCGGCCUCAGCCACCUGCUCACGGCCUUCACCUACGAGCCCCACCCGUUCAUGGUCGUGCUGCUCCUCACCACCGCCAAGUUCCUCACCGCGCUCGUCUCCUUCCUCACCGCCAUUACUCUGCUCACGCUCAUACCGCAGCUGCUCCGCGUCAAGGUCAGGGAGAGCCUGCUCUGGAUCAAGGCCCGCGAGCUCGACCGCGAGGUGGACCUCAUGAAGCAGCAGGAGGAGGCCAGCUGGCAUGUCCGGAUGCUCACCCAGGAGAUCCGCAAGUCGCUCGACCGCCACACCGUGCUCUACACCACGCUCAUCGAGCUCUCCAGGGUGCUCGAGCUCAAGAAUUGUGCCGUGUGGAUGCCGGCCGAGGACAAGGCUGCGAUGCACCUCACCCACGAGCUCAGGCGUGGCGGCAGCGACGGCCUCGUUGUCGGGGUGGAUGAUGCCGACGUCGUCGAGGUCAGGAGGAGCGACGGCGUGAAGCUGCUUGGCCCUGACUCGGUGCUCGCGUCGGCGAGCGGCGGUGGUAGGGAGGACACUGGCCCAGUGGCAGCAAUACGGAUGCCGAUGCUCAAGGUGUCGGACUUUAAGGGUGGCACGCCGGAGGUGAUCCAGGCGAGCUAUGCUGUGCUGGUGCUUGUGCCUCCUAGUGACAAGAAUUGGGGAGCUCAUGAGCUGGAGAUCGUUGAGGUGGUUGCUGACCAGGUGGCUGUCGCGCUCUCGCACGCGUCAUUGCUUGAGGAGUCGCAGGCAAUGCGAGACCGGCUGGCCGAACAGAACCGUGAGCUGCUGCAGGCGAGGCGGGACACACUAAUGGCCAACGAGGCCAGGGACGCCUUCCAGCUCGUUAUGAGCCAGGGAAUGCGGAAGCCGAUCCACUCCAUCCUCGGCCUUGUGUCCGUGGUGCAGGAGGACAACCUGAUGCCCGAGCAGAAGCUUGUUGUCAACACAAUGGCACGGACAGCAACUGUCGUCUCGACGCUCAUCAACGACGUGAUGGAGAUGUCUGCCACCAACCGGGAGCGCUUCCCCCUGGAGACGCGGCCGUUCCACCUGCACUCCAUGAUCAGGGAUGCCGCUUGCGUUGCUAGGUGUCUCUGUGACUUCAGGGGGUUUGGCUUUGCGGUGCACGUCGAGAAUACACUGCCGGACCUUGUUAUUGGUGAUGAGAGGAGGAUCUUCCAUGUCAUCCUCCAUAUGGUUGGCAAUCUCAUUAGUCGGAUCAACUCCGGGCAUGUCACAUUCCGGGUCCGUGCUGAUGACGAGGUGAUGGAGGGCAGCCUUGGACAGAGGUGGGACCCAUGGAGGCCAAGCUACUCCAGUGGAUACUCAUCGGUGAAGUUCGUCAUCGGUUGGAAGAGCACCGAAUCGGUCUCAUCCGCAGGUCAAUUCUUACGGAAACCAAAUGGAGAGGGCUUUGAUCUCAGGCUUAGCUUCAGCAUGUGCAGAAAGCUUGUGCAGAUGAUGCGGGGGAACAUAUGGGCAGUUCUUGACGGGCAAGGACUCCCAGAGAGCAUGACCCUGGUCCUGAGAUUCCAGCUGCAACCAUCGCUCACAUCAUCCAGCACCGGAGGGUCAUUCGAGCGGCAAUAUACAUCGCCGUCAUGCCAACUAACAGGACUGAAAGUCCUGCUCAUCGACGAUGAUGACAUCAACAUGGUCGUUGCUCGGAAGCUCCUGGAGAAGCUCGGCUGUGUGGUUUCCUCGCUCCCCUCUGGGUCAGGGUUCCUGAACUCCGUUGGCCCCUCAUCAGGCGCAUUCCAGGUGGUCAUGGUGAACCUUGAGAUGACAAGGGUAAAUGCCUUGGAUGUUGCUGCGAGGGUCAGGCAGUACAGGAGUGGCCGCUGGCCCUUUGUGAUGGCCAUGACGUCCGAGCAAAACGCGUGGGAGAAGUGCGCGCAGUCCGGGAUCAAUGGCAUUAUCAGGAAGCCGGUUGUUCUGCGGGAAAUGAAGGAAGAGCUCACGCGGAUUCUUCAGAGCACAUGAUGUCUGCAGUUUCAAAUUUGUUUGCCUUCUUGUCAAGAGCUCUGAAAAUGGUGAAAACUGCUAUUGCUCACCAGUCGGCAUCGAUCACCGAAGAGAGAUCUUCAGGAAAUAUUUUGAUCAGAGAGGCUACAUGCACGGCGAGAUAGCUUGUUGGUCAGCGAUUGAUGAUCUCGUUGUGAUGUUCAGCAGUGUUGCUAGGAACAUCCAUAUCAGUAGCAAUGGCAUUGUGCAAUAUACCACCAUUAGAUGGGAAGUAGACCUGAGAAAGGAUCCUGAUACUUUUGAUUCUUGAUAGAAAUCUAGGUGAUAUGUAAUGAUCAUAACCACUAGUGCCAAUAAGAUUUUAGCAUCUCGAUUGACCUGGAUGUAGUGGUAUCUGAAAGACAGAUUUGUCUGACAGAAGAAGAGAGAUUCAGAAGUGUAUUUAGGAAGUGAAGAAGGGCAAGUGGAGGAAGCAUAAGUUUCCUUCUUUUUUUUUAUCAUUGGAUUGUAGGUAUGAGAUGUAACAAAAACAUGCUGGAUUUAGACAUGUUCAAUGAGAAAGGAUUGAACAAGUACCUGUUCCUUUUCUUUUA